CGAGCUGGAGUCUCUCAAUAGCUGUAGGCCGGUGUUUUUUGUCGGACAGUUGUGUGUGCAGAAGCUGUAGCCCACACAUGGCUGCAGGACCCUGGACCUAGUGAGAGGAAGGUGCUUGCCAGACUGGGGGAAGCGCUCCGUCUCCGCUGUUCCUCCCGGCUUCAGUCCCGUUAGAUGACAUAUACGCGCUUUAUCCGAUGUUGUUCACCUGGAACCUAAAGCUGCCAAAUGAAUAGCCAAUUUCAAUAGAUUUUGAACAGAGUCACGAUGCAAUUAGUGACUGCCAUUUGAGGGGAGCAGGAGCCGAAGACCCUGGGAACUCUUAUCGAUGUUAUCCUCAGCAAUAAAUAUAGGUAUUCUAGUAGGCUAAUUUAUCCUGGACAGAGAGGCCAAGCAAGGUGUCAGGAAUGCCCUCUGUCCUCCUGCUAGCUGGGUUAAUUCUGGCUCUGUCCAUCCCUGGUGCUACGUCUGAGUCAGCUGUGCUGCGUUUUUUUGGGCAGACUGACUUUGUGGUCAAUGAGAGCAGCAGAACUGUAGUUCGUCUGGUCGUGGAGAGAGAAGGAGACCCGAUCAAUGUGACAGCCCUGGUUCUGCUAGAGGGAGAAGACACGGGGGACUUUGAAUCCACUACUGCUGCAGCCUUCCUGCUCUCGUCUGAGCCCAGUAAGACCAUCUUCAUUGCUGUGAAAGAUGAUGAUCUGCCUGAAGCUGAUGAGACAUUCACUUUCAACCUUAAACUGCAGAGCUCAUCCAAUGGCGUGACACUGGGUACACCAAACAAGGCAACCAUCACCAUCCUGUCCAAUGACAACGCCUUUGGAAUCAUUGCCUUCAACUCAACUGAAGAGGUUGUUGUAGAUGAACCAAGAGGAAGGAACCAGUAUGUGCCUUUCACCCUUAUUAGAGAGAGGGGGACAUAUGGGACCGUGACUGUGAACUUUGAGAUCUUUGGAGGUCCCAACCCUGCCAUUGAGGACCUCAGACCAGACAGAGGAAACAUUACCUUUACCCCCAGGAAAGCUGUGGAGGUCUUCACUGUCCUCAUCCAGGAUGACCAGAUCCCGGAGGAUGAUGAGGUGUUUUCAGUCAGGCUAACAGGCGCGGCAGGCGGGGCCCUCCUCAGCCCCAACGCCAACAGCGUCCAACUAAGGAUACGGCGUAAUGACAGUCCGCUGCGGUUCUCCCAGUCCAUUUUGGCAGUAGAAGAGACUGACGGAGUCGUCAACCUCACUGUGACCCGUGGUCGGUUGACAGAGGGUGGGCCAGUGGUCGGCUCCAUUGACACCGAGGUUUCUGUCGAUUACAUGGUGGUGAGCGGUGAGGGAGCAGCCAGCGCUACACCAGCUGUGGACUUCAUUGACCUACAGCCGAACCGCACAAUCACGUUCCCGCCAUUCCACUAUGAGGUCAUCCUGCAGUUCAACAUCAGUGACGACGAUGUGCCAGAGAUCGCGGAGUCCUUCCAUCUGGUCCUGCUGGAGGAGACAGUCAGAGGAGACGCUGUCCUGGCUCCACCCAAUGAUGUCUUGGUCACCAUCGAGCCCAAUGAUAAGCCUCACGGUGUCCUGUCAAUCAGCAUUAGCACACUCUUUCAGCCUGUCAGCAUCAAUGAAGAUCUGACACAGAGAUUUGAUGGUAUCGUCAUUGUAAGGAAUGGAGGCAGCUAUGGUGAUGUGUCUGUCAACUGGACCAUCAGUCGAAACUCCAGUGACGAAUCCCCAGUGUCAGACGACUUGAGUCCUGAGGCAGGGAUGCUGAAAUUUGGUGCUGGUGAGAAGAAGGCCAUAUUGCCGUUAUACAUUGUGGCAGAUGAUUUUCCGGAAGAGGCAGAGGCCUUCAUUCUCAAACUGCUGCCGGAUACUGUCACAGGGAGUGCCGAGGUCGACGAACCUAUGGAGAUGGUGUUCUACAUUCAGGACAGUGAUGACAUCUACGGGAUGUUUCGCUUUCACCUGGUCGAAAAUCAAAGCAUCCAGAGCCAGCCUGAAGGCCGUUUUCUGUCCCUCAGCUUCCUGCGAGAAGGUGGCACACUGGGUGAAGUGUCUAUGACCCUCACCGCCCUCUACAUUCCUGCAGGGCCAAUAGAUCCAGCGCUGGCCCGUGACCAGGUCCUGAAUGGUAGCAGGUCCAUCAGUGUGGUGUUUUCUCAUGGGCAGGAGCUGGUCCACCUCAUUCUGCCAAUCAGGAAUGAUGCUUUUCUGCAGAAUGGAGCUCAUUUCUUAAUACAGUUGGAUAAACUGGAGCUGGUUGACAUUGCGCCCCCGAUUCCCUCGAUCAGCCCAAGGUUUGGGGGAUCCCUCAAUCUGACCCUGCCUGUCACCCCAGACAUUGCCAACGGGGAAAUCGGCUUCACCAGUAACACCACUGUGGUGGUUUAUGAACCAGAGGACGGCAAUAGUACCAUGGUGUCCCUCCCCCUGCGGCGUGAUGGGACAGAUGGUCAGGCUGAGGUGUUCUGGAGUCUUCAGCCAAUUGGAGCUAACCGUGACGAUGUAACCCCUGACGACCUGGGGCCUUUUAGUGGCUCUGUGGUUUUCAUCUCUGGACAGAGUGCCGCCUCCAUCAACUUCACCGUCAUGCCCGAUGAUAUCCCAGAAGUUAAUGAAACCCUGCUGCUCACUCUGGACAGGAGUAACGUCGAGAACCAGAUCCUGAAAGUUGGCUUCACCAGCCGAGAGAUCGUCAUCAUGGAGAACGAUGACCCCGGGGGUGUCUUUGAGUUCUCCCCGUUUGCUAGAGGUCCAUGGGUCAUCAAUGAGGGUGAGGCUGUGGAGCUGCGAGUGGUCAGGGCUCAGGGUCAGCUGUUGAAGCAGCUCAUACGCUACACUGUCAUGCCCUCUGGAAACACCGAGUUCUAUGGUGCUACGGGCAUCCUGGAGUUUAAACCACGAGAGAGGGAGGUGGUGGUGGCACUGGUGGCACAGCCUGACGGGGUGCCAGAGCUGGACGAGACCUUCUCUGUGGUACUUACCAGCCAUAGCACUCCGCCCAGUCGUCUAGGCAACCACAGGGAGGUCAACAUCACAGUGCGAAAGAACGACGACCCCUAUGGGGUCAUUGAGUUCAUCCAAUCUGGACUGGUGGAGGCCAUCAAUGAGAGCAAAGGGAGCGAGACAUACCAAGCGGUGUACCCUGUAGUGAGGAACAGGGGUCGGUUCGGACAGGUGUCAGUGUCCUGGGUCCUAGAACCCUCCCAGUCUGGGGACGUCAGCCCCAUCCAAGGAAACAUCACCUUUGAAGAAGGAGAGUACCUGAAAAACCUCACUCUCUUCUCUGUACCUGAUGAGAUCCCCGAGGAUAUGGAAAAUUUCACCAUCACACUGAUAAAUGCCACAGGUGGAGCUAGACUGGGAAACGUACUGAAUGCCAGUUUACAGAUUAACAAGAACGAUGAUCCCAUUUACUUUGCUGAACCGGUGGUCAUGCGGCUUCAGGAAGGGGGCGUGGCCACCUUCACUGUUCUGAGGGCAGGCCGGGCAGACUUUGUUGCCACGGUGAUGUACCGUGUAGAGUACGGUGACGCGUUGCCGGGUGACUUCACCAUGCUGAGUAAUGACACGUUGCUUGUGUAUGAUGUGGGUGAAUGGAUGAAGAACAUCUCAGUGGCUGUGGAGGACGAUGACAUACCAGAGACCGAUGAGCCCUUCUACAUUGUUCUCUACAACGCCACAGGUGAUGCUGUUGUGUAUGGAGCCGACACAGCUACUGUAGUGAUUGAGGCUAAUGAUGACGCCAACGGGAUUUUCUCCCUGGACCCCACAGAGAAACCUGUGGAAGAGGGCAAGACCAACAACUUCACUGUCCUGCGGGCAAGGGGCCAUUUUGGUGAUGUGACAGUGUUCUGGCAGCUCUUUGCCAAUGACUCAGUGUCUCCCCUGGAGGAGAGCCAGGAGUUCACCAACACCUCCGGCUCCAUCACCUUCACCACAGGGCAGGAGGCCAAGCCUAUUGUCCUGGAGGCCAUCUCUGAUAAACUACCAGAGUUCAAUGAAUUCUUCGUCCUUAGGCUGGUUAAUAUCUCAGGUGGUUAUCCAGGAGAAGGUGGACGACUGGCGGAAACGUUCCUGAAUGCUUCUGUCCUCAUUCCUUUCAACGAUGAUCCAUUUGGCGUCUUUGCCAUCGCUGAAAACAACCUGGAUCAGGAAGUGGCUGAAGACGUAGCUUCAGAGGACGAUAUGUCUAACGUCACAUCCUUCAAAAUCCUCCGACAGCAGGGCACUUUUGGUGACGUGCAGGUCGCCUGGGAGAUUGUUUCGGGUCGUUUCCCAGAGGGCCUUCCUAAGAUGGAUGACCUUCUCCUCUCAGCCUCCUUCCCAAGGGAGGUGGAGCUCAGGCCCCAUGCCAGGAGACACCACUCCGGCACAGACGCAUGGUUCUUCUCUGGCCACCCUGGAGCUUAUGGGACCAUCUCCCCUGAGGAUGGUCCUGCUGCCUUGGGCAAUUUUACUUUCUCUGCUUGGCUGGUGCCCAGGCAAGACACCGAUGGCUUUAUAGUCUCCAAAGGAACCAGAAAUGGGACCUUGUAUUAUGGAGUGAAGGUCCACACCAAUGAGUCCCAUGUCAGUGUGAUGCUGUUUUAUACAGCCAUAGGGUCAAACAACACCCAGGUGGCCCGGGCCACUGCUGAGAAGUUUGUGAAGGAUAAUGUGUGGCUGCAUGUCAUCAUUACAGUGGAUGAUGGGAUUAUAGAGUUCUUCUUGGAUGGGAAUCCCAUUCCUGGAGGACUAAAGAGCAUCAAAGGAGAAGGCAUCGCUGAUGGACCUGUUCCACUGUUUAUUGGGUCAGACCCUGAGGGUGAGCAGCGCUACACAGGUCUUCUCCAGGACGUUCGCCUGUACGGAACUAAGCUGAACCGCAGCCACAUCCAUGAGCUUCACAGCCAGCCCGCCAAAAUAGACCUGCGUAACAUUUCAGGGUACCUUAAGUACCGUCAGGACGAGAAGCAGAAGUCCUUUGUGGUGGAGGUGAGGGACGACAAGGAGGAGGAAGGAGAGGAGGUUUUCUAUCUACAGUUGAUAGCAGUUCACGGCGGAGCACGCCUCCCCUUCCCCAAACCCACUGCCACACUGCGUGUCAUGAAGAGCGACAAUGCCAAUGGCUUUUUUGGAUUCACCGAUGCCUGCAUACCUAAUACCACCGAGGAGGGCUCCACUAUUUCAUGUGUGAUCGAGCGAACACGAGGAGCUCUGGACCAUGUUUAUGUCAACUACACGGUUACCCAGCUGGACAGCUCGGACAGAGAGAUCACAGCCCACCAAGAUUUUGCUAAUGCCACUGGAGCUGUACUUUUCAUGCCUGGACAGCGCAUUGAGGCGCUGAACCUCCUGGUGUUGGACGAUAACCUCCCAGAGCUGGCAGAGUCCUUCCAAGUCAUGCUUGUGUCAGCACAGUCAGGAGAUGGGAAGCCAGGCUCCACCCCCUCCAGCGGGGCAAGCAUUGACCCUGAUAACUCCAUCAACACUGUCACCGUCACAGCAAGCGACCACCCCUAUGGCCUGCUCCAGUUCCAGCCGAGCCCUCCAGGGGAGGGCCUGAUCUCUCCAGCCUCAGAACCUGCCCACAUCACCAUUAACGAGGAGGACGGGGACGUCCGUCUGCUGGUGGCCAGAGCCCAAGGCCUGUUGGGAAGGGUCAUGGUAGGAUACAGGACGACCCCCUUCACAGCCUCCAGCCCUGAGGACUACGAGGACUCAGAAGGCUUGCUGGAUUUUCAGGAAGGCGAGAGGUUUAAGUUCAUCACUGUGACCAUUAUAGAUAACCUCGUCCCUGAGUUGGACAAGAUUUUCAGAGUAGAGCUCUACAAUCCUGAUGGAGGAGCAAGCCUGGGAGUUGGUUCCCACAUUACGGUGACCAUUGCCGCCUCUGAUGAUGCCCACGGAGUGUUUCAGUUCAGUCCUGACUCCCUGGUUGUCAACGGGACAGAACCUGAGGACAGACGCAGCUCUGUGGUCCUGCAGGUGGAUCGGGCCUUUGGUGACCUCUCCAAUGUGACUGUUUAUUGGGAGGCUGAACCAAGUUCAGAGGACGAUCUCCUUAGCAGGUCUGGGAACAUCACCUUCAGCGUAGGUCAGACUUCGGGGGACAUCAUCAUCAGCAUAGCACAGGAUGAGGUGCCUGAGCUGGACGAGAGCUUCACUGUGUCCUUGGUGAAUGUCUCCCAUGGCCAGCUGGGUGUCCACACCACUGCUACUCUGACAGUGUUUGCCAGCGACGACCCUUAUGGUGUUUUUGUGUUCGCUGAUGUCACCAAACCUGUCCGUCUUCCUGAAGGUGACUCCACUGUCACCCUCACCAUCCUUCGACAAAGAGGCCUAAUGGGAAAGGUGCGUGUGACAUAUGGGACACUGAAUGAGGACGAUCCAGCACCAUACAGGACCCCUGGGGUGGGCCGGGCCACCGAGGGGGAGGACUUUGUUCCUCUCCUGGAGUCUGUUGUGUUCUUGGCCAAUCAGAGUGAAGUGAACAUCACCCUCCAAGUGCUGGAUGACGAAGACCCAGAGAGAGACGAGUCUGUGUUUGUGGAGCUGAUCAGUGUUCAUCUCAUCGAAGGAGAGCAGGAGAGGCUCAUUGCCAGAUCCCCUCGUCUGGGUUCACGGACUGAGAUUGUGGCCCAGGUCAUAGUGGAGGCCAGCGACGAUGCUUUUGGAACCCUGCAGCUGUCAGCCCCCGCUGUCACUGUGGCUGAGCACUAUGUUGGGCCCAUCAUUAAUGUAACACGCACAGGAGGGAUAUUCGCUGAUGUAUCUGUCAAGUUCAGAGCAGUGCCCAUGACUGCUACAGUCAGUGAAGACUACAGUGUAGCUUCCACUGAUGUGGUCCUGCUAGAAGGGGAAUCCAGUAAGGCUGUACCCAUCUACAUCAUCAAUGACCAGAUCCCCGAGCUGAAGGAGACCUUUCGCAUCGAGCUGAUCAACCAGACCACAGGAGGAGCUUUGCUUGGGGAGCUCACACGAGCUAUCAUCACCAUACUGCCUUCUGAUGACCCCUUUGGUGCCUUUGUCUUCCAGGCUGCUCCAGUCACCAUAGAGGAACCAGGAUCUAACUCCGUUGAGGUCACACUACCUAUUGUCCGUACGGCUGGAACUAUUGGCACAGUGACAGUACAAUGGCAGGCCACUGUCAAUGGCCAGCUAGCGGUAGGGGACAUCAGUCCCACAUCUGGUGAGGUGACCUUUGCUCCCAAAGAGACUGUGAAGACCUUGAGACUAGAGGUCUUGGCUGAUGAUGUACCUGAAAUCACUGAGAUUAUUAAGGUGGAGCUGACUGGUGCCAGUAAUGGAGGAAACCUUGGAGCUGAAACAUCUGUUAACAUCAUAGUGCCUGCUAAUGACAACCCAUAUGGGACGGUCUUCUUUGACCAGUUUGUGUACCUCGUUCAGGAGCCACUGGAGGGAAUUUAUAUAGCCAAUAUUACAGUCCGCAGGAGUGGUGGUCACUUUGGUCGCUUGGAAAUCCUCUACAGCACCUCGGAGAUUGACAUUGUUGGCAUGGCUCAGGCUGAGGGCCAGGACCUGCUGAUGUAUUACAACACCCCAAUCCCAGGUGUCCCAUCUGCUGCCACCCACAGGACUGUCAACAUCACUGGCCAGGGAGACCCCCUGACUGCCUGUGCAGCUGCCUGUCUGAGGGAGCGUGCCUGCCAGGCCUUCUCUCUCUCAUCAGGGGUGAACCCACCAUCCUGCACCUGGGUGACUGCAGGCACUGACCAGCUAACCCCAGAACCUUCAGUGAUGACUUAUUUGAAAAAUUCCUCUGUGGCUGCUGUCCUAUACAGUGCUCAGGCCGUGGCAGGUAGUGAUUACACCACCAUGACAGCUCAAAGUGCCUUCAUGGAGGAUGGGUCCAGGACAGCCAACCUCACUGUUCCCAUCUUGACUGAUAAAUUCCCUGAAAUGGACGAGAACUUCGCCAUUCAGAUCCUAAAGGUCGAGCUGGUGAAUCUGACUGUGGCGGAGAAGAACCUGCCCUCCAUUGGCCAGCCAGACAGGGCCGUGGUUACCAUAGGGAUAAAUGGGGAUGCAUUUGGGGUGUUUCUUAUUUAUAGUCUCAGUCCCAAUGCCACCAGGGAUGGGCUGUAUUUGGAGGUCCGUGAGGAGCCAAUGGUUCUGGUGCCACUGGUUAUAGAGAGGAGAGGAGGCAGUCUAGGGAGAGUCACUGUAGAGUGGAGGUUUGUUGGAGGAAAAGCCACACCAGACGCUGACUUCACUGGAACUGGAGGGACGCUGGUCUUUGCAGAUGGUGAUAUGAAGAAGACCAUAGAGAUAGUAAUCAGAGAUGACAGUGAGCCAGAGGACAGCGAGAACCUCCACAUUGGACUGGUGAAGGCAACAGGGGGAAGUCGAAUCCUGCCCAGCUCUGACACUGUCGUCAUAGUGAUACUGGCUAACGAUAACGUGGCUGGGAUAGUAGGCUUCCAUCCAGCUUCACGCUCUGUCAUCGCCAGAGAGGGUGAGAGGCUAUCCUUGUUAGUGUUGAGGACAGCUCCAGGCCUGGGUAACAUUACUGUGGACUGGGCACUCCAAGGCCCCCUAGUAGACAGGACCUUCACCCAAACCUCAGGGACACUUUUCUUUACUCAGGGAGAACUGAAUGACACCAUAGUCUUGCAGCUGCUGGAUGAUGUCACACCAGAGGACAAGGAUGAAUACAAAGUAGUCCUGUCCAAUGUACAAACUUUCGGUGUUUUGGUGACAGGCCACGCAGCACUGGACAUUCAGGGCAGUGAGGCAGUGGUUACCGUGCAAACCAGUGAUGAACCCUAUGGGAUGUUGAGCAUUGCCCCGUCCUCGCUCAGGGUGGCCACGGAGGAACGCGACCGAACUGUGCACAUCUAUGUCAACAGGGAGUUUGGAACCUCAGGAGCAGUGAACAUCACUUAUGAGGUUGUUAGGGGUUCUCUCCAGGACCUGUCCCAAGUAGAGGGGGAUCUUGCUGACCCUGGACAAGACUUUAUCUCUGGAACCGGCUCUGUUAUCCUUCAAGAAGGACAGACCUCUGUUGGCAUCCCGGUCACCAUACUGGAUGAUGACCUUCCCGAGUUGCAGGAGUUCUUCUUGGUCAACAUAACAUCAGCAGUGCUUAUCACAACGGUUGCCAUUGCUCCCCAGCUAGAGGUUGUGUUUUGCACGUUGCCAGACACCCAAGGUUUGGUGGCAGAAAUCACCAUUGUUGCUAACGAUGGCAUCAGAGGAGUCAUUGAAUGGACAAACACCAUGUUUGAGGUAAAUGAGACGAUAGGGGCGCUCACCCUGGUGGCCUACAGGAACAAGGGGACAUAUGGAAAUGUCUCGCUGCUCUUCUAUGCUCAGAACCUGGAGGCUCAGCAAGGACUGGACUACAACACCAGCCAAACGAUGCUCCAUUUUGUUGAUGGUGAAAGACAUAAGUUUGUGGAGGUGCAGAUCACUGAUGACUCCCUUCCAGAGGGACCUGAGAGAUUCCAGCUGAUCCUGUCCAAGCCUUCCCCUGGACUGGAGCUGGGCGCCAACACCACAGCGACCGUGACCAUCCUGGCCAGUGACGACGGGCACGGUGUCAUUUCCUUCAACAGCAGCGAGCAUUUCCUGUUGAAGGAGCCCACGUCAGUGUCGGGCCUGAGCGAGAGCGUGGCCACUCUGUAUGUUGUCCGGAGCCCUGAGCAGGGCACAUUCGGCACCGUGACCGUACAGUUCACCAUCACUGAUAACAAUGGUAGCCUGGCAGAGGGUGACCUGAUUCCAUCACAAGGCUUUGUGGUGCUGGAGGAUGGGGUCAGGUUUAAGACGCUGGAGAUCUGGGCGGUACUGGAUGCUGAGCCUGAAGAGAAUGAAACCUUCACAGUGACCCUGUCCAGUCCAACAGGAGGUGCACGUCUUGGCGACCAACUCUAUACACUCAUCACAGUCCUGGAGAACCUGGCUCCUUCUGGCCUGUUCCGCAUCGGACCCACACUCAACAGAACUAACACAGAGGUGGUGGCUGAUGAAGGUGGCAGGACAGUCUUCCUGACUGUGUCUCGCAGUAAUGGCCUGGAGUCAGCUGUCAGCGUCGAAUGGGAGACCCAGUCAGACACAGCUGUUGCCUCAGAGGGUGAUCUCUCAGUGAUGGGUGUGUACCAGAGAUUUGAGGACAGGCCCACCUCUGCUUGGUGCUCCCUCCCCGAAGGGCCCUCCUUCCUGGCCAUGAGGCUGGACAGGAGGCCAUCUGUUGGAUUCCCUUACACUCUGGCAACCCUCUACCAGUGGCAGGGCGUUUUUGUGCCCACAGAGUCCAUCAGGAUCCAGGACCCAAGCUCAUGUGUUGGGUUUCCAGUGAAUGGUUCCACCUACAUAGCUAUCACACACAGCGGUUCUCCCUUCUCCCCUGCUGCCAACCUGAGCAUCUUCAAAGUGCAGAGUGAUCUCAAUAUCACAUUGGUGCAAACCCUAGGUAUCGAAGCUCUUGAUGUGAAACACUUCUCCAUUGAAAAGAGAGACUACCUGAUAGCAUCAAGCCAGGUUUUCAUCAGGGUUGGAGGCUGGUUCGCUCUCUUCCAGACCCUUGACCUCCAGCAAAAUAUCCUCAGUGUGUCCCCAUUCAUUCGUAGGGAUACUCACUACCUAGUAGCCUGCAUAGACAGACAGACUGACAGCUGUUUCCUGCUUCAGUGGACCAAUAGAAAAUUUCAGAAUCCGCAGCCCCUCCCACUCGCCGGCAGAGUCAGCCAAAUCGAGGCGGUCCACACAGUAGCGGGAGACAUUCUCCUGUUGGUUGUAAUUGAAGGUCCUUCGUCAUCCUGUGAGGUGUUAUUGUGGGGUUCAGAGGAGUUUUCACCGCAGAAUAUUCAGUCCAUUCAUCACCCAGACCUCACCUCAGUCCAUCACUUCACCCUUCCUUCAGGAAUCACCUAUGUCCUGCUUGCUGGCAGAAACGACUCAUCACUCUACUCCUGGAGGUCUGAUGUCCAUCUGUUCUCCAUGAUCCUGAAGGCCCCCCCAGCCAUCAGCUUUCUGUCUCUGUUGGUCCCCUCCCUCGACACCAACAAGACCCUUUUGGCCUCUGCUGAGGAGAGCAGCUCUACUAUCUAUGAAUUCACUUACAUCUCCAACCAGUCUGAUUUCAUACCCAGUUAUGGCGAGUUGCACUUUGCACCGGGUGACAGCGAGCUGGAGAUAGCAGUUAAUGUCAUAGAUGACGACAUCCCUGAGGAAGAGGAGCACUUCCGGGUCAGCCUGAAGAACCCGAAGGGCGGGGCUGAGAUUGGCUUUGGUGGUCAGGUGACUGUUAUCAUCCCAAUCAACGAUGACGCCCAUGGAGUCAUUGGCUUCGCUCAGAGCUCGCUAUUCAUGGAGAUUGAGGAGUUGGAGCAGAACAACCUAAUUUCUCUAAGUGUGGAGAGGAGAAGGGGGACUUUUGGCAGGCUGACUGUUCACUGGGCAGCUAAUGGCAGUCUGGAAGACAUUUUUCCCACUUCAGGAGUGGUAACGUUUUCAGAGGGCCAAUCACUAGCCACGAUCUCUGUGGCGGUGAUAGCAGAUGGCGUUGCAGAGAUGAGGGAGAGUGUCACUGUUGCCCUCAUGGAUGUCACCACUGUGGGUCUGGAGGACCCAAGGCAGGCCGCUGUCAUUGACCCUCAGCGAGCUCGGGCCCUCCUCACCAUCCUACCAAAUGGUUCACCUUUCGGUGUGAUAGGGUGGCAUCUAGACUCCCAGUUUACAUUAAUACAAGAACCACAGAGGAUGCCCAUCAAUGUGACUCUGUCCAUAGUGAGGGAGCAGGGCUCUUCAGGUGAGGUGGCAGUGCAUUACCAGACCAGGGCGGCUCUGUCCCAGCCCCCGUCCAAUCAGGCCACAGCAGGACAAGACUACAUCUCUAAAGACGAAACCGUCAUCAUGAUAGACAGUGCAACUGUGGUCCUUGUCUCUGUCACCAUCCUGCCGGAUGACAUCCCGGAGCUGGCAGAGAGCUUCUUGGUAAACAUCACCGGUGUUGAGCUGAUUGGCGGGUCUGUUGGAGCAGGCCAGCCCAGUGUGAAGAGGCCUGGUAUGGAAGUAGCGGAGGUCACCAUCCAGGAGAACGAUGACCCCAGAGGGCUUCUGCAGUUCAAUGUGUCUCAGGAUGUCCAUGGGAGGGUUCUGGCCCACGAGUUGCCACCACCAGACAACAUUUUCCAACUGUCAGUGGUGCGAUUGGCUGGCACAUUAGGAAGAGUGGUAAUCUACUGGGAGGCUUUGCCAAUCACUGCUAGUCUUGACGACUUCAGCCCCACCUCUGGGAAUAUCACCCUAGAAGAUGGGCAGAGAGAAGCCACAAUUGACAUAACCAUCACGGAUGAUAAAGAGGUGGAGACUGCAGAGACCUUCACAGUGACUUUACUGCGUGUGAUUGGUGGAGCCCAGCUAGGAGAGGUGACAUCUGUAACCAUCAGUAUUCCACCUAACGACUCACCUCUGGGGCGAUUUGGAUUCCAGGAGCUGGAAGUUACUGUCAGUGAGCCAGAGUUUGAUGAUGACCCCGCUGCCGUGGCAACACUAGCAGUUGUGCGUAGUGCAGGAGGCGAGGGGGCAGUGACAUUGGUGUGGCAACUAGAUAACGAGGCCAGAAAUGACCUCUUACCCCUCAGAGGAACCUUAGUCUUCACUGAGACUGAGUCUAAGAAGACGUUUGUGGUAAGAGCUCUCGCCGACUCUGUGCUGGAGGGAGAUGAGAGCUUCUCUGUCCGGCUAUUUCCUGAUGAGAGUGGUGUCGUCAUCGACCCCUUAAAUGGUGUGGCCACCAUCACUAUCAUGGGAGACACGGCUGCCCUGGGGAUCGUUGGGAUAGCAGAGUCCUCCAAGAACAUCUUGAUUGGUGAACCUCAAGGAGAUUACAAUGGGACUGCUGUUGUCAGUCUGGUUCGAGGGCCAGGUGUUUUUGGGGAGAUCCAGGUCUAUUGGAACAUCACUCCAGCUGUGGUUUCUGAGUUUGAGGAGAUUUCUGGCAUUGUGACUAUGAGAGACAGACAGUCUGUUGCCACAAUUAUCCUUAAGGCCCUUGAUGAUGAUAUUCCAGAGGAGCGCCAGGUGUAUCAGCUUACCCUGACGUCUGCCACUGCAGGGUUGGACAUCAGCCCCUUAGCCAGACAUGCAAGAAUUACCAUGGCAGCCAGCGACAGCCCCCACGGCUUGUUUUCCUUCACACAGCACCUGCUCAGGGUGACCGAGAAAGAGGGAAUGGUCAAUGUGACGGUGAUCCGCUCUUUGGGCACUCUGGGUACUGUAUGGGUGACCUAUCAGACAUCGGGCAGCACAGCAGUCAGCGGGGUGGACUUCUCCCCAGCUUCAGGACGAUUACUCUUCACUCCAGGCCAGAUCGCACGACAAGUCAUGCUGCGUAUCCAUGAUGAUGAUCUUCCAGAGGGGCCUGAGGUGUUAUACCUCAACAUCACUGAAGUGGAACUAUUCAACGUGAGUGAUGUGGACUACACAGUAAGAGAGUCAGGCCUCCAGCUGGAUCAGCCUCCAGCUAUAGGCAACAUUUCCUCUAUUGCAGUGGUCAUCCUGAAGAACGACAACAUUGAGGGUAUUCUUGAGUUUGACCAGGACUUUGUCAACAUAACAGUUGAUGAGGGAGUUGGCAUGUUGUUGAUCCCUGUGGUGAGGAAAGUAGGUUCAUAUGGACUGGUCUCAGCUCAGUUCAUCUCUAGAGGCCUGACUGCGACCCCUGACUUGGACUACAUCUUGUCUAAUGCCUCAGUGGUGUUCAGCCAUGGCCAGAAUAUCAGCCACAUCAACAUCACUGUUAUAGAUGACGUGGACAGUGAAUACGAGGAGAUGUUCGAGAUCCAGCUGAUAGGAACUACCGGGGGGGCAGUCUUGGGUUCUCACCGAAUUGCCAGGGUAACCAUCGCCAAGAGCGAUUCUCCUAGCGGGAUGGUGCGUUUCCUUAAUGAGAGCCUAAUCACUUUGGUGAACCCUGACUCCACCCUCAAAGUCACCCUCGUCCUGGAGAGAGUGGGAGGCUCACUGGGUAAUGCAAUGGUUGCUUGGAACAUCCUUGGUCCCAACAGCAGAGAAGUCCUUCCUCCACUCAACACGGACAUUCGAGAACCUGUGAACGGCUCCUUCUUUUUCAGAGAUAAAGAGGAGGUCAUGCACGUGAUUGAGCUCCGGAUUCUCCCCCAUGGGGAAGUGGAGGUGGAGGAGACAUUUAUUGUAGAACUCAGCAUCCUUUCUGGGGAAAUGGAUAUUGACCCUCAGGCAGGCUCCAUCACAAUCAAGAUUGAGAAGUUUGGUGACCCUAAUGGUAUAGUGCAGUUUUCCGAGGAUGCUCUUAGAGAACGCAUCUUCAGUGAACCCACAGAAACAGAUGGACCUCUCAACAUCUCUCUGUUAAUUACGCGACGAGAGGGUGUCAUGGGUAAUAUCACGGUCCACUGGCAGAUCCAGAGCAUCUCAGAUCUGGUAGGCGACUUCCUAGCCUCGGCUGGCUCCGCUCUGAUCCUGGAAGGCCAGAGGGAAGCAGAAGUUGUCCUCAGCUUGAUGCCCGACACGGUGCCAGAGGUGGAGGAGCUUUACGUUGUCCAACUCACAGCUGUGGAGGGUGGUGCCACUCUGGAUGCCAAUCCAAAUCGCACCAGCACCCGCAUCAGGGUGCGUGCCAACGACGAGCCCCACGGUGUGUUCACCCUGAACCCUGAACACCAGUCUAUAACAGUGGUGGGUGAGGGGUUGGAGGUCAGCAGAGUUCUGGUUCUGAACGUGACACGGUUAGCUGGGCUCUUUGGAAAUGCUAGCGUGGGCUACAGGAUCACUGGAGGGAUAGAUGGAGCGAUGGGCAUUGAGGAGAUCCUUGGAGAAGAAGCUGAAGGAAGGGUGUUUUUGAGAGAGGGAGAGCCCUUCACCACUGUUACUGUGACCAUUAGCAGCCAGGUGUUUUUGUCUGUGGGUGAGAGCUUCACAGCAGAGCUGACUGAUGUUAAGCUGGUCAGUCCUCUCCUCGGCCCCCUGCCUCGCCUCCUUCUGGAUGCCAGUGUUGCUAUGGUGACCGUGCCAGAGGAGGCUGCAAGCUCUGAGGUUGGCUUUGCCUCCCUGGCUUUGCAGGUGUCUGAUUUAGAGAAAGGCAUCUGUGAGGCGGAAGUGACCCGUUCAGGGCUGUUUGGGGACAUCAGGGUGGAAUGGAGAGCUGGGUACCCUCCAGGACUAGUGCCCCCUGGGUUCAGUCUGGGACCUGUCAUCCCCAGCUCAGGCUCAGUGACCCUGGCCCACGGAGAGAGGAGUAAAACUGUCUCUCUGAUGGCUGAUCCUGUUGUGUCAGAGGUGGCAACCUAUGCCAUUCACCUCACCACUGCCUCCUCCAGCACCACUGCUGCCAGCAUUGUAACACUCAGGUCAGGUUUCACUGUGGCGGAAGUGGAGCCACUGGGGGUCUACCAGUUUUCCCGCGACUCCCGCCAGCUGGUCAUCGAAGAGGACAUCCAGACUAUAACACUCUACGUUCAGCGACUCUAUGGUUCCCGUAGCAACCGCACACGCCUCUCCUUUGAGACCACACCGGGCACUGCAGCAGCGGGAGAAGACUUUGUGGCCGUACCCAAUGGCUUUUUGGUCUUUCACUCCCCGCUGCAAACAAACGCCUCAAUAUCCCUUUCGAUAUUGGAUGACCCCCUCUCGGAGUCCGAUGAGUACUUCUUUGUCAACCUAACAGAUGUUCAGACCGCUACACCAGACUUCCCUUGGGCAAAUACGUAUCCUCGCCUCAACCCUCAGCACAGUGUUGCCACAGUCACCAUCUUGGCUAGUGAUCGGACUGGGGGAGUGCUGAGUAUUGGUCCCGGACUAGUUCAUACAGCUGAGGAUCGGGACGAGGAGACGCAUCAGGAGAGAAGAGUGACGUUAACGGUCCGCAGGUCUGACAGUCUGGCCCGGUCUGUGAGGGUACGGAUCCAGGCCUAUGGAGGUGGAAGCACAACAAGCUCACUUCUCCCUUUUGCUGUGGAGCCUAACGGGACCCUGGCAAAGGAGGGGCAAGACUUCCGGCUGGAGUCCACUGUCGUGUUCCUGCAGGCUGGACAGAGUGAGGCAGAGGUGGUUCUCCUCAUCGUGGACGACUCUGAGCCAGAGGGACAGGAAGUAUUCUUCAUCUACCUCAGCGACCCCGAGGGAGGGGUGCAGAUCACUGACAGUCCUGACCAGCAGGGCUUUGGGGCCUUUUCCAAAAUCAUCAUCCUUGGGAGUGACUUCCAUAACGGGAUUGUGGGGUUCAGUCUCAAUUCUCUGGUGGGCCAAGUUCUGGAUGAGGAUUCAGAGAACAGAACCACUCUGCUUUACCUGCAGAGGCAGGAGAACAGAGCCUUUGAGGAUGUGCAGGUUUUCUGGAGAGCUACGUUCAGCAAAGAAGCUCUUGCGGUCGUCAGCAAUGGAGUCAACCUGACCAGAGAGUUGCUGCAGACUUCAGGCACUGUGCUGUGUAGGAGAGGAGAGAUUAUCUGUGUUCUCACUGUGGAGGUCCGUGAUGAUGAGGAACCAGAGAACCAGGCGUGGUUCCUUGUGGAGAUUUAUCAGGUCGGUGUAGGUGCUGCCAUCAAUGAGACCACCCGUUUUGCUAACAUCACUCUGGCAGAGAGUGAUGAUCCACGAGGCUUGGUGUACUUCGCUGUGGGCUCCAGAUUGCCCGUUGCCACCUUGAAGACCAGAAAGCUGAGUCUCCAGGUGUACAGACAGGCAAGCACGGCUUCAGCCAUGUCUGUGCGCUACAGCAUGAUGAGGCUUCCCGAAGCAGAGCUGGUCGGUCCCUUUAAGAUCUGGCCCGCUGAACCAGGGAAGGACUUCGAUAAAGACGAGGGCGAGUUGAUGUUUGAAUUGGGCCAGUCUAGCACACUGUUGGAGAUCAACCUGACACCAGACAAGGCCUCCUCCAACCCCACACCCAAGCGCUUCCAAGUGAAGCUCUACGGAGCUUCAGGUGGGGCCAGGGUGCACCCGGAGUUCGGGCUGGCUAAUGUGACUCUGGUGUCAAAUGCACAGGCCCAGGCUGUGUGGGCCUUGCUGGACCAACUCCAUCAGCCUCUUGAGCCGACCAUAUUGGACCAGGUGCUGCAGGGACUGAUCAAUAAAGUCCCCACGGCUCUCACUCGAGAACAGAUGACCGCAGUCUUUGAAGCUUUUGGGAAGAUACUUGCAGAGGCAGAGAGGAGCCCUCUGGAGGAGAGCAGCCGAGAGCUGACCUAUGACCUGUUGUGUGCGUUGGCCAACCCCAGCCGAGAGGACACCCGGGGCCUCAGCCACCUGGCAGAGGUGGCCGAGCGAUUUGCCUUCUCCCUCCUCACAGACAGCCAGUGUGAGGUGAAGAGGCUGAGAGGGCGUACCAUCCUCGAUACUUGCCCGUACAUGUCCAUCUCUGCCUUCCACUGGUACCCCACCAAAAUCAAUGGGUACAUUUUCACGGGCCGAAAUACAGACACCUUCCAGCUCCCUGACACCUUGCUGGAGGUCCCAGCCCCAGCUGCGGGCACUCCGGCACCUUCAGCCUGCCAGAAGAUUCACCUGACCGAGUACACCACUGAGCACUGGUUCCUCAACAGCGAUAAACACAGUGCCCUGAAUGGAAAGGUUUUCUCAGUGAGCAUCCAGGGCAGAGGGUCACGACCCCUGGCUGAUGGGAAUGAGGUGGUGUAUCGCAUCCACACCCCCGGCCCGCGGGUUAAACCGGGCCAGUCUUUGUGCCUUCUCUGGAACCAGGAUGUUCAGAGCUGGUUAUCAGACAGUCAGUUUUGCAGAGUUGUGGAAGACAGUGGGAACUACGUGCAGUGUGCCUGCUCCCACUUGUCUGUCUACUCGGCUCACGCAGAGAUUGCUGCUCUCGCAUCCUACAAUGAGGCCUUCUACGCCUCGGGAUUCAUUUGCAUCUCAGGCUUUACCUUGGCCAUCAUAUCCCACCUGCUGUGCUCCCGUUUCCCCAUGUUUGCUGCCAAACUACUUACCCACAUGAUGGUGGGCUGCCUUGGGACCCAGAUCUGUUUCCUGGUGUCGGCUUUCCGCGGCCGAAUGUUCUCAGAGGACAGCUGUGCUGCUCUGGCGCUCUUUUCUCAUUAUUUCCACCUCAGCCAGUUCUCCUGGAUGCUCAUACAGGCGGGGAACUUCUGGCAGGUGCUGGUGAUGAACGACGAGCACACCGACCGCCUGUACCUGCUCUUCUUCCUGCUGGGCUGGGGGCUUCCUGCCGCGGUCAUCUUGUUGCUGGUCAUUGUGGCGCUGGGGGGCUACAGAUGGAGCAUACACACAGUAUAUGGACUGGUGCACGGAGAUGUGUGCUUCAUCCCAAACAUCUACGCAGCUCUGCUUGCGGCCGUGCUGGGGCCUCUGAUCUGUGUGGUUGCGGUGGUGGUGGUCUUUAUCUACAUCUACCAGGUCACUCACCAGUGGAAGGCCUACGAUGACGUCUACCGUGGACGCACCAACAGCACAGAGGUGCCCAUGGUGCUGUACCUGUUCCUGCUCAUCUUCCUGGUUUGGCUGUGGGGAGGACUCCACAUGGGCUACAGGUACCCGUGGAUGCUCAUCCUCUACGUCAUCUUCAACUGCCUGCUGGGCCUGUAUGUGUUUGUGGUGUACUUCAUAAUGCACAACCAGCUGUGUUGGGCAGCCAAAGCCAGCUACACAGUGGAGAUGAGUGGUCACGACGGUCUUGACUCGACCUACCCGGGCGGGGGAGCCGCUACUGUAGAGAGCGACAUCAACAAAUCGACUCAGAACCUCAUCAGCGCCAUGGAGGAGCAGUCAGCUGAAUGGGAGCGAGCGUCGCUGCGGCCCAGCAGCCAGCCCAGCAGCGUGUAUAAGCCCAGUCCUGUGAUGGGCACCUACGGCACAGAGGGAGGCUUCAUCAACACCAACCUGGUCUCUGGAGACGAGGAGUCACAGGAGUUUGACGAUCUCAUUUUUGCCUUAAAAACUGGAACUGGCCUUAACGUAAGCGAUAACGAGUCCGUCCACGGAAGCCACGACGGAGGGAGCGUAGCCAACUCCCAAAUCGUCGAGCUGAGGCGAAUCCCGAUUGCCGACACCCACCUGUAACCAGUUCGCCUCCCCAAUCCUCCAUCCCUCCCUCCUCAAGUCCGAGAGAGAGAAAAGUACACCACAGUAUUUUUAUAUUCCAACUGCUUUUGCACUAAAAACAUCAGUUUUGUCAAUAGAAAUGUUUUCAUAUAGUUGUUUGAUAUGGAACUUGGUGAUUUUUACUGUACAUCUGUUUUUAUAUAUAUGAACAUAUAAAUGUUUUACUAAAUUAAUUUUUUUAAAAGUCCUUGACGGAGUUUUUUUCUCUGGUUGUAUAUAUUGUUUUUUGUUUUGUUUUGUUUUGUUUUUUUGCUGUUGUUGUUGUUUUAUUUUUUUUCUGUAUAGAUUUUAGGAAGAGUUAGUGGUGCCCUCAUCACAACCACCACUGCUAGGGCUGGAGAUUGUGUAACAUUGUUAAUAAAUAAUUCACCAUAUAUUUUA